AUGGUAAUCAAGAUCCUCGGAAAGUUGGGGGGAAAAAAUAGGGCUUUCCUCAAGGAUUCGGCUGCAUGCUCUCCGGAGCCUUACUUCAAGCCUGUUCUCAGCAUUGGCUUGCCUCUGGGCUUGUGCACCAACACGUCGACCAUCAGCAGCGACGGCAGCGGCGACGGCGGCGGCGGGGAGCUGCGAGGCGUGCCUGUGGAUGGCUCGGACGGAAUCCUAGUUGCCGCCGAGCCAAGCAGCAAGAGCGCCUUCUGCUACGAGGCUGUGCUGCAGCUAGGACUGGAUCGCGUAGUCUGUCUGGUGCUGCAGCUGCUGCAGCAUGCAGACGCGGACAGAGCUGCAGCCAGUCUCUGCUAUGCCUCCGAGCCGCUCUUGACGUCAGUGGGCUCGCGUAUCGCUGCGCAUCCUCAGCACGCGUGUGGCACCAGCGACUUGGAGAGUGACGCGAGUGGCAGCGAGCAAAGCAGCAGCAAAGGCAGCGAAAAAAAAGGGAGAGACAUCGCGCAUGCAGCCUCCAGCGAAAUGCAAACGAAGGAAACAGCAGAGAAAGGUCUUCAGCUGCUGCAGGGACUGUUUGCUGCGGACGGUGCUGCCUCCCCUGGCUUGUGUCUCUCCCUCUGCGAGAGUUGUAUUGCUGCGGAUAUGCGCUACACUGCUGGACGGCUCCUGCAGCAGGUGCUGCUGCUGCUCAUCAAUUUCGACUCGCCGCUCUCGCUGUACUGGCUGCUGCUUACCACACGGGCUGCCGCGGCGCAGCAGUCGCAGCAGUCGCAGCACUCCCGCCAGCACCCCUCCUCCAAACGCCAGCUCCCCGACUUUUGCAGCGAUCGCGUGAUUCCUGCGGGGGCAGCAGCACAGCAGCAGCAGCUGCUCGAGCAGGAGGCGCAGCUGCUCAAGCAGCAGCAACUGCAGCGGGAUAAAUUUGCCGCUGCGGCUGUCACAUACCCCCUCGACAAGCGGCGUGCUGCCCUGCGCACCAAGAGCCACAGGGAUGCUGAGCAGCUGUUGCUUCAGCAGCUUCUGCAGGCUCUGCUGCUGCUCGCAUGCGACGACGCCGUCUACGAGAGUCGCCAGCUGCAGCUGGCAGUGCUCGACAAGAAAGAUCCCCCCCAACAGCAACCCCACCAACAGACACAGCCGCAAGGGGACCCCCAAACCUCCACCAGCAGCAGUUGCGCAUCCUUCGUCUACGGGCUGUUGCAACACUGUGCGCUUAUCUUCGCUGCUCGUGUCACUCCUGAAGACUCGGCUUCUCUUUGCACCGGUGCAGCGCUUCACGAGCUUGAUGCGGCAUGUGUAAUACGAGCGCUAACCGCUUGCUUACGCCUCGAUGCCUCCGCUUUGCUGCCAACACUGCAUGCUAUCAGGGCACUUGAGCGGUGCUGCACGACUUUUGUCAUGGUAAGACAUGCGGAUCUUAAUCGCAUGCAUAUACAUAUACGAAUUCAUAUAUUAAUGUACAUAAAUGCGUAUAAAUUUUUCGCUUUGGCCAUUCUAGCAACGUCAUCAGCAUCUCGCAGAGAGAGCAGUGAGCCUCGUCUAACUACGACUGCCUUUGCUCUGCUCUCGCUCCAAGAAACUUUUUAUUCAGACGACAUGGGCUGUUUUGAAAUGUGUGCAGAGGGGACGGAUGCGCGUCUUAGCGCCUCGUUGGCAGAGGAGUUGUUGCUGCUGCUCGUGACGCAUGCAUGCUUAGGUUACCGAGGGAAACUGCGGCUGCCUUGGCUUUUGCAGCUGUUUGCUCUUCAGCAGCAGGAGGAGGAGAAGCUUCACUCCCCGUUCUUGUCUGGAGUGCUCGCUGCAGCGGAGGCAGAAGCGGCCUUUGGAGCGGCAGCAGACGCCGCUGUCGAGACGGCGAAAAAUCCAGCUGCUGCAGCUGCAGCUGCUGCUACUGCUGCGCCUUCAGGAGCAGCAUGGAAACUACCCCCUCCGAUUCCAGAAAGCUUCCCCGUGCAGCAGCAGCAGCGACGGCAGCCGUACAAGGGGGGUCCUUGGUGGCUAAAGCAAUCCGAUUUGCAGAGAGUCUGCGCAACGGCUGCUGCUGCUCCUCCCGCCGCUGAUUGGCAGCAGUCCCUCGGAGCUUCUUAG